AUGAUGCAUUCAAAGCUUUCUUCCUCUUUCGCCAACUUGGCGUUAUUCGUCUUCGUUUUGAUUGAAGUCGCUCUUGCGCUCCCUUCGAGCAAGCGUGCAUCUAACCCUGUUUCAUCAAAGUUGAGAAGUGUCAUCCUUCCAGAAGAUAAUGAUCCUCCUCAAGAUGCUUCCUCAUUCUUACAAAGAGGUGCUUAUUUCGGCGGAGCACGAUCAUCAUUAGACGCAGAUGGUUUAAUUCAACAAGGCAUGGGUUGGGGAAUGAGUUUUACGGCUAUUCAAUACGAUGCAAAUACGGUAAAAGGUGCAGAUUUUAUUCCUGGACCACCUGAAAAUUUUGUUAAAACAUGGAAAGACGGAGCUUAUGCUUUCGCUCUCACUUGUAAUAAAUAUGGUCAAGCAAUCGCGGAUGAUUUUAAUGCAAAAUGCAACAAUUGCGGAAAGACGUACACAACGGCCAUCAUUUGGGGAACGUACAAGGGAAUGAAUUUCGAUAAAGAUUCAGUUCUUAGCGCUGGUUGUUCCGCUUUGGAGGUCACGAAUUCCGAUGAAUGUUUCGCCAAUUUCCCCAGUGGUUGUUCUAUUCGUGCAGUAGGCCAACCGGUCGAUUUGUGGAAUGACAGUAUUACAAGAGUGGUAAAGAAUGCUAAAUCUCGCAGUGAGAUUAUUGCAGGUAUCAAGAAGUAUGCGCAAGAGAAGCAUGAAAGCAUUGCAGUACCCUCCUCUUGA